UCUUCCAUCAUGAAGCCAAACGAAAGAAGAAGCAUAACAUAAUCGUCCGUGGGGAAGCAGGCGCCACAGUUUCAUAAAGAACGAAAAGAUAUGGCACAUUUUCGUGGUCAGAUUCGGGGGCCACACUGGGGCGCUAAAAGGGAUAACGUACUAAUAGAUUUCUGGAAAAGGCACGAAUGUUUGUUUAAUUCUUCGCUGGAGUCUUUCUACGACCGGGAAAUGAAGACAAAGCUGUGGUCCGAGUGUGCCUUGUUGAUUGGGAAAUCUGGUAUGAUUGAGUUACAUUGGAAGAAAACAUCUAAUGUUAAAUUUUGUCCUAAUUAACAUAGACUAAAUGUCUAUUGGACGCCGAUAGCUUUGUGGGCGCAUUUUGAUAACAAUGAUUACUCAUAUUGCGUGGGGGAAAAAACGCCCUUCGGAUAAUUAUCAAAAAGUACAUUUGUUAAAUUUCUCCUUAACAUAAUACAAUGUAUUGUGUAUCUUCUUUGACCCGUUAUCAUAAGAGUCAUUCAGUGUACAUUUACCGUGUUUGACUCUGCCUUCUUCUUUACUGAAGUAAGUGAUGUUGUGAGAAGAUCACGGUCCCUGCGGACUCAGUAUGGAAGGGUGUUAUGGCACCCAGAGAGGGUAAUUACUUUUCAGCAAAGGAUGCUGAGAGAGAAACUGGAUUUUCUGAGACCUUAUAUUGUACGAAGACGAGGCGAUUCCUAUCCGGAAGACAAGUCUGACGAUCUUGAGGACGAUGAGGGAGAGAUUGAGACUGAGGGAAGAAAUGAUCAUGAGACGGGUACAAAUACGUUUGGGAGCGCAUUGGAUGCUGAUGAUGCUGGGCAAGAUCCAAAUGAGGAAUUUCCAUCCGAGGCAUCCACUUCAAACACUUCUUCCUACGGUGCCAAAAUACAACCUCAUCUUGCAGAGACCAUGUCCUUGAACUUUGAACCUCACGAUGACAAAGGUUCACCUGAUGUUCCGGAUCAAUUAACAGCAAAUCUCUCAAAUCAGGAUGUAUUAAACCAGUUUGUCAACGUCAUGAUGGCAGAUAUGCGUCAGAUUAAAGACAACAUGGUGCUUAUCCGACUUCGAAGAGAUAUCACUGAUCUGGUGUUCAAAGCAGUGGAGGAGGACAUGCAAAGACGUAAUCCAGUGCCCUUUAUGCAGCCAGGUGAAACUGCACAACUACCUAGUUCCUCAAGGCCUCAACAAUGCAUGCAGAGGGUUUUGAAGAGAAAGAACUGGGGACCUGUCAAGCACAUGAGGAGGCUUUGCAGAAUCCAAGCAGGUCAAACGCUUGAGGAGAUGAAUGGAAAUAUCCCUCAGGCUAUGAUUCAGGCUUCAGAUAUCAAAUUAGAAAUAGAUCCACAUUUGGUUAAGGCAGAGGAUGAGACACUUAGGACUGAAAUGGGUCCUCGAGCAAUUUGAGUACCUUGGUACAACAACAAAAAAUGCUCGAGCCAUUUUUUUCUGCCUCAAGUAACCGAUAAUUUACGUAUAAACUGUCAGGAAGAAGUCAAGCCAACCUCAACAUUUGUUCAUGCUAUAUAUGACAGUAACACACUGACAACGCAGUAAGAAGGCCAACUUCGAAAUAAACCAUAUGAUGUCAAUGCCCUAAGUGCGCUUUUAUUUUGAAGUUGUUCCUGGCAGCGUGUCGCCAGAUAACAGCUAUUUUGAAUUAUUUUUCAGACUGUGUUGGAGUGGGGGAGGGGUUGUUUUUGACCGUCACAAACAUUUGCUUCUGUUGACGUUUUCCCGAAAUAAUGUUAAGUCACCAAUUAAAAGCGCAAAGAAAAAACAACUUAAUUAUGCUGACACCCCAUUGUACGGUGCAAGCUGCGCUAACGGGUAGCGUCAAGUUAAUAGACCAAAAAGACUGCACACUGAUGCUUACAGCCUGACACAGUUUGAGGUUCCCAAUAUCCCUAUUGAACACACUUGCUGUUCUUUUACAUUCCCGUCAGUCUCCUUGAAUGGCUGUUAUUCAACAAAUCAUGUUAAAAAUUAUAAAUAAUGUUGAUCAGGAGUAAGGACAUGUCAUAAUGUCAUAGAAUGGAACUUAUCAAAAAUGAACUUCAUUUGUGAUGACUUGAUAUUUAAUUUGAUACCCUAACCGGUACAAGAUACAGUAAUCCCUUGUUUAUCGCGGUUAAUGGGAACCAAAACCACCCGCGAUAAAUGAAAAUCCGCGAAGUAGCAUCCAAUUAACAUACACAGGUAAAUAGAGCAACAUAUACAGUACUGUACUCCAUGUAUAUGUCAAAAAAUUUAAAUCAUAUAUAUAUAUUUUUCAUGUUUGAAAAAAUCCGCCAUGCAAUGAACCCGCGAUAAACGAACCGCGAAGUACAAGUGCUAAUUUCUGAUACAGCUCUUGCAUUGAAUUUUAUUAGUCCGAAUGUGGUAUUAAAACUAUACCAUAAAUUCGAAGCCGGGUAUAUAUAUGAAUUUCAAAAACUUCAAAGAAAAAAUGUAUUCCGUAAUACAUUACUGUCGACUCCAGUGUUUACUUGUCAAAGGCUGAGAAGCAGACACGAGGACUUAAAUUCUUACGAUAGUGCAGAUCACAUGAUAAUGCCAACUGGAGUAUCACCAAGCUCAUCUUUCCAAUGUUUAUGUGAUGAUUUCAAAUCUCUUGUACAGUAAUCCCUCGUUUAUCGCGGUUAAUGGGGACCAAAACCACCCGCAAUAAACAAAAAUCUGCGAAGUAGCGACCAAUUAACAUAAACGGGGGAAAAAAAUAUUUUUUUUAAGUCCGCAAACGGUCUGCGAGAAGCUGCAAAACAACAGCGAGUCACAUAGAGCAACAUAUACCGUACUGUACUCCAUGUAUAUGUAAAAAAAAAAAAAUAUAUAUAUAUAUAUAUAUAUAUAAUUUUUUUUAAAAUAUGUUUGAAAAAAAAUCUGUGAUGUACUGAACCCACGAUAAACGAACUGCGAAGUAGCGAGGGAUCACUGUAUACAAGUGCGUGACCAAACAAAGUUGUUAAUUUAAACUAGGCAUGGGCCGAUUACUGGUUUGACAGUGUCCUGUGGAUUUAAAAAGUCAAGGUUUCAAUAACUGCCAAUACUGACCGUCAUUGGUCAUGAGUGCUUUUUUUUCCUCUUUUGUGGGGACAUCUAAGCAGGACACAAUAUUGAUGCAUAGUUGAGUAGCUUGAAGUUAAAUGCAUCCAAGUAACUAUUUUUCCCCCUUCUUCUGUGCAAGCACUUACUCAUAGAAGAGGAGGAGGGAUGGAAAACGUCCAAAGAGAAACUGCAAAUAUGGUUGACUUUUGGCUGCAAUUCAGGGGCAUUUUCUUUUUUUUUUAAAUUGUAGCAGUGGAUACUGGUUGGACCCAAGGACAACAUGAGUAGCCCACACGUCUGUUCUAAAAAUAGCUGACCAGUGAUGGGCCACUGUGACUUCUAAAGAAGAAUUAAAACUGAAGUCAUUAGUUUAUUUAUUUAUUUAAACUUAACAUGGUACAUUUAUUCUUUAUCAACUACUGUAAUGUCUUCUAUAUUUUGUUUAAAAAUGAAAUGGAUUUUAUUCAGUGUGGGUUGAGGGGAUGCAGAUUUUAUUUCCCGGUACCCAAAUAUUUAAAAAAAACUAAAGGUCAUUUUAGAGAUGUAAUUUUAAUUCAGUAUUACCACCAUAUUCUGGUCACGGUUAUCAUACUGUCAGACUCUUAAUAUUGGCCCAGGCCUAGUUGAAAAUGUUUAGAAACAUGAAAAGCAGCUGUCAAACAUCCCAUCAUCAGAAGCCAAAGAACACUUGUCAUUUUGUAGCGACAAUCUGAGAGUAUGCCUUUAUUAAAGAAAAUAUUUUUUAUUCUCAAAAGGCUGUUCCUUUUGAUAAUUUCACCCGUCAUUCUUAAAAAUAAAUUGGGUGAAAGAAGUUGUUACCUCUUUGGUUAGCAGGGAGGGAUAUUUAUUUUUAAUCUCAUCUCACACGAUGCUUAAUACGGUUGCCAUAAAUGCCACCUGUCCAUAGCCAAAUAUGAAACCUGUAAACUGUGCCCUAUUUUAGAUAAAUAAAGUUUGCUCAUUGGAUCAUUUGGA